AGUGGAGUGGCCCGCCCGCCCCUCGAUAGGCUCCGGGCGUCGCGUCAGCACUGCGCUCGCUCUGUAGGUCCCGCAGCCGCGAGGUGGACGCUACUUAGACUCGGUGCUGCCAGGCUCUCUCCUCGUCCCGUAGUCCGCCGCGGCGAACAUGGCCUCAGGAGUGCAAGUUGCUGAUGAAGUAUGUCGCAUUUUUUAUGACAUGAAAGUUCGGAAAUGUUCUACACCAGAAGAAAUCAAGAAAAGAAAGAAGGCUGUCAUUUUUUGUCUCAGUGCAGACAAAAAGUGCAUAGUUGUUGAAGAAGGCAAAGAGAUCUUGGUUGGAGAUGUUGGUGUUACCAUAACUGAUCCUUUCAAGCAUUUUGUGGGAAUGCUUCCUGAAAAAGAUUGUCGUUAUGCUUUAUAUGAUGCAAGCUUUGAAACCAAGGAGUCUAGAAAAGAAGAAUUGAUGUUUUUUUUGUGGGCACCAGAACUAGCACCUCUGAAAAGUAAAAUGAUCUAUGCGAGCUCAAAGGAUGCCAUCAAAAAGAAAUUCCCAGGCAUAAAGCAUGAAUAUCAAGCAAAUGGGCCAGAAGACCUCAAUCGGACUUGUAUUGCUGAAAAGCUAGGUGGCUCCUUAAUUGUAGCUUUUGAAGGAAGCCCUUUGUAGAUUAUUGGUCAGUGCCACAAACUGAAAGCUUCCGUGUUUAUUGCUAGCCUUGCUAUAUAGGUAAAGCAGAUAUACUAGGCCAGGGUUUCACUGAGGGGGAGCUGUCUUGUCAUCUUUUAGAGUAAACUAAAUAUUCUAUAGACUUGUAUGAACAAUGCCCUAAAUAAAUCUAGUUUCAUUGAUGUGGAAUUAAAUUCUUAUUGGCCAAAUGCCUUUUUUAAUGAGUUGACUUGUAAAAAUUUUUGUUCACCUCAGGAUUUCUAAUAAUACAGUUCACAAAAAAAAUAAAAAA